GCUCCCCGCACUCCCGUCCCGUAUAGUGACAAUCGUUAACAAGCCUCUCUGACUGCGCCGGUCGGGCUCAUUCUUUUCACUGAACCCUUUUACAGCCGCAGCUGCUUCUACUGCCGCCCUCAAACUUUCUUGCUCUCUCUCGCUCUCUUUCUCUCCCAAGCUGCCUGUUAAGAGCUAGCUAACAGAUUUCACACAAGACCGUCAAUUAAAAAAGACCAAGAGGGCAGCCAUCCUGAUUAUCCUUUUAUAUCAAAUCCGGAUUUAUCAUUCGUCUGACACACCCGCGUGCUCAGAGAAGAAAGAUCGUUUCAACAAGGAGCUGCGAAAACAGAAACUUUUUUUCCAGCAACUGGGAGUUUAGGGAUUCCGCGCGCCUGGCACUGACUCGCCGAACAUUUUUUUCUUUUCAUCAACAGUGUGCAGUUGAUUUCAGCAUUGAUUUCUGGCCUCAUUGAUUGAGGUAUAAAAAGGGGGCACAGAGACCAAAAUCAUGACGAGCAAUAACGCAUACGAUCAGCAGCCUCAGUACUACCAGGGUACUGACAACGGAGAAGAUCAAGAAGAGAUGCCUGCCACAGAGAAAGACCUGGCAGAGGAUGCACCCUGGAAGAAAAUCCAACAGAACACCUUUACCAGGUGGUGCAACGAGCACCUCAAGUGUGUCAAUAAGAGGAUCAACGACUUGCAGAAAGACCUGACCGACGGGCUGAAGCUGAUCGGGCUCUUAGAGGUUCUGAGCCAAAAGAAAAUGUACAGAAAAUACCACGCAAGACCGAAUUUUAGGCAGAUGAAGCUGGAGAAUGUUUCGGUGGCACUGGAAUUUCUGGACAGAGAACACAUCAAACUCGUUUCUAUAGACAGCAAAGCCAUAGUUGAUGGAAACCUGAAGCUGAUUUUGGGCCUAAUAUGGACUUUAAUUCUACACUAUUCUAUCUCCAUGCCCAUGUGGGAAGAUGAAGAUGAAGAGGAUGCUAAAAAACAGACUCCCAAGCAGAGGCUCUUGGGAUGGAUCCAAAACAAGAUCCCACAAUUGCCUAUCACCAAUUUCAACCGAGACUGGCAGGAUGGCAAAGCUUUAGGAGCAUUGGUUGACAAUUGUGCACCAGGUCUGUGUCCGGACUGGGAGACCUGGGAUCCAAAGCAGCCGGUAGAGAAUGCCAGAGAGGCCAUGCAGCAGGCUGAUGACUGGCUUGGAGUGCCUCAGGUGAUAGCACCAGAAGAGAUUGUUGACCCCAAUGUGGAUGAACACUCAGUGAUGACCUACCUAUCUCAAUUCCCCAAAGCCAAGCUAAAACCAGGUGCCCCUCUCAGAUCCAAGCAGUUGAACCCCAAGAAGGCCAGAGCCUAUGGGCCAGGUAUUGAACCCCAUGGUAACAUUGUACUGAAGCCUGCAGAAUUCACUGUAGAGACCAUUGAGGCAGGUCUGGGAGAAGUACUGGUGUUUGUAGAAGACCCUGAGGGGCAUACAGAAGAGGCCAGAGUUAUUGCCAACAAUGACAAAAACAGAACGUAUUCAGUCACAUAUAUCCCAAAAGUGGCAGGCCUUCACAAGGUGACAGUGCUGUUUGCUGGCCAAAACAUAGACAAAAGUCCCUUUAUGGUCAAUAUUUCUAUGGCUGUAGGAGAUGCUAACAAAGUAUCUGCUAGGGGACCUGGCCUGGAGCCUACAGGCAAUGUUGCCAACAAACCAACUUACUUUGACAUUUACACAGCAGGAGCUGGAGCAGGAGAUGUUGGUGUUGUUAUUGUUGAUCCCCAAGGCCGACGUGAUACCGUCGAGGUCAUUCUUGAGGACAAAGGAGACAGCAUUUUCCGUUGCACCUACCGACCUGUGAUGGAAGGGCCUCAUACCAUCUAUGUCACUUUUGCAGGAGCCCAGAUCCCAAAAAGCCCAUUUAAUGUACACAUUUCAGAAGCUCCCCAGUCUGGCCAACCAGCUGGUGCUCCAGCCAUUCAGAUUAUACCUCAGUCUAUCUGCACUCCACCAAGUGAAAAGCCAAAGAAAGUCCCGCCCCCAACUCCACCUAAACCGCAUCGACCAACUUGUAAUCCCAAUGCUUGCCGUGCCACAGGACGGGGCCUGCAACCAAAGGGGGUCAGAGUAAAAGAGGUUGCAGAUUUCAAAGUAUACACCAAAGGAGCUGGUAGUGGAGAGCUGAAAGUGCUAAUAAAAGGGCCAAGAGGUGCAGAGGAGCCAGUGAAAAUCCGUGAGAUGGCAGAUGGAGUAUUUGAAUGUGAAUAUUACCCUGUAAUUCCUGGAAAAUACACAGUCACAAUCACCUGGGGAGGAUAUGCCAUCCCAAGAAGUCCUUUUGAAGUUCAUAUAAGUCCUGAAGCAGGCGUUCAGAAGGUACGAGCCUGGGGUCCUGGCCUGGAGACUGGAAUGGUUGGCAAAUCCGCAGACUUUGUGGUGGAGGCCAUUGGAACUGAAGUUGGAACUCUGGGCUUUUCCAUUGAAGGCCCAUCUCAAGCUAAAAUUGAAUGCGAUGACAAAGGUGAUGGCUCUUGUGAUGUACGCUAUUGGCCAACUGAACCUGGGGACUAUGCUGUUCAUGUCAUCUGUGAUGAUGAAGAUAUCAAAGACAGUCCAUUCAUGGCUCACAUAUUCCCUGCUGCCAAUAAUGUUUUCCCUGAGAAGGUUAAAGCUUUUGGUCCAGGACUGGAGGCGACAGGUUGCAUCGUAAACAAACCAGCUGAAUUUACUAUUGAUGCCCGUGGAGCAGGCAAAGCAGAACUUAAGAUCUAUGCACAGGAUGCAGAAGGAUUCCCUAUCGACAUCGAGAUCAAGGAUAAUGGAGAUAAUACCUUUUUCUGUGUUUAUGUGCCCACCAAGCCAAUAAAGCACACUAUCAUCAUUACCUGGGGUGGAGUGAACAUUCCAAAAAGUCCAUUCAGAGUCAACAUUGGAGAAGGUAGCCACCCAGAAAAUGUCAAAGUCUAUGGCCCUGGUGUAGAAAAGACUGGUCUAAAAGCCAAUGAACCCACAUACUUCACAGUGGACUGCAGUGAAGCCGGACAAGGUGAUGUAAGCAUUGGAAUUAAGUGCGCACCCGGAGUGGUGGGCCCUGCAGAGGCAGACAUUGAUUUUGACAUUAUCAAGAAUGACAAUGACACGUUCACUGUAAAAUAUACUCCACCUGGCGCAGGUCGUUAUACCAUCAUGGUGCUCUUUGCAGAUCAGGAAAUUCCUCUCAGCCCCUUCCGUAUAAAAGUUGACCCAUCACAUGAUGCCAAUAAGGUGAAAGCUGAAGGCCCAGGGCUUAGCAAAACCGGUGUGGAGGUUGGCAAACCAACUCAUUUUACUGUCUUCACCAAGGGUGCCGGUAAGGCCAAACUGGAUGUCCAUUUUGCUGCAUCUGCAAAAGGAGAAGCAGUCAAGGACUUUGAAAUUAUUGACAACCAUGACUACUCUUACACCGUGAGGUAUACAGCGGUGCAGCAGGGCAACAUGACUAUCUCAGUUACAUAUGGUGGAGAUCCAGUUCCCAAAAGUCCAUUUAACAUCACUGUGGCCCCAGCUCUUGAUCUCAAUAAAGUCAAAGUUCAAGGACUUAAUAACAAGGUGGACGUUGGAAAAGACCAGGAGUUUACCAUUAAUACUCGUGGGGCUGGUGGCCAAGGUAAAGUAGAUGUGAAGAUCACCUCUCCAUCACGUCGGCCUAUUCCAUGCAAGGUUGAGAAAGAGACAGCAAAGGAUUUGCACACUGUGAAAUACAUGCCUCCAGAAGAAGGCCCCUACAAAGUGGAUGUCAGCUACGAUGGGAAUCCUGUUCCAGGAAGUCCAUUCACCGUAGAAGGGGUCAUGCCUCCUGAUUCUUCCAAGGUACGAGCAUAUGGCCCAGGCCUAAAAGGUGGACUCGUUGGGAAGCCUGCUCCUUUUGCCAUUGAUACUAAAGGCGCUGGUACAGGUGGACUUGGACUUACUGUGGAGGGUCCUUGUGAGGCCAAAAUUGAAUGUCAGGACAAUGGCGAUGGUUCCUGCUCUGUUUCCUAUCUACCUACAGAGCCUGGAGAAUAUUCUAUAAACAUCCUGUUUGCAGAGUCUCACAUCCCAGGCUCACCUUUCAAAGCCAUAAUAAAGCCAGUGUUCGACCCUAGCAAAGUCACAGCCAGUGGACCAGGGUUGGAGAGAGGAAAAGUUAAUGAGGCUGGCUCCUUCACAGUGGACUGUUCUAAAGCUGGUGAGGCAGAACUGACUAUUGAAAUAAUCUCAGAUUCUGGUGUGAAGGCUGAAGUGCAUAUCCAAAAUAACAGCGAUGGCACCUAUUCUAUUACCUACAUACCCCCUUUCCAUGGCAUGUACACAAUCACAAUCAAGUAUGGGGGACAUGCAGUGCCUAAAUUUCCUGCACGUGUCCAGGUGGAUCCUGCAGUCGAUACCAGUGGAAUUAAAGUAUAUGGACCAGGAGUGGAGCCACGGGGAGUUCUAAAAGAAGUUACCACAGAAUUCACAGUUGAUGCUCGUACACUGACCAAAACGGGGGGCAACCAUGUGAAAGCAAGAAUUGUUAAUCCAUCAGGUGCCAAAACAGAAGCCUACAUCCAAGACAAAGGAGAUGGAACAUACCGAGUAGAAUAUACUGCUUUUGAGGAUGGUGUUCAUCUUAUCGAAGUACUAUAUGAUGAUGUGACAGUCCCCAAGAGUCCUUUCCGAGUAGGCGUCACUGAAGGCUGUGACCCCACACGUGUCAGAGCUUAUGGACCUGGGCUAGAAGGAGGACUGGUCAAUAAGUCCAAUCGCUUCACUGUUGAAACAAGGGGUGCUGGUACUGGAGGUUUGGGUCUUGCUAUUGAGGGUCCUUCAGAGGCUAAGAUGUCUUGUAAAGAUAACAAAGAUGGUAGCUGUAGUGUGGAGUACAUCCCCUUUACACCAGGAGACUAUGAUGUCAACAUUACCUUUGGUGGAUGCCCCAUUCCAGGAAGUCCAUUCAGAGUGCCAGUCAAGGAAGUUGUGGAUCCCAGCAAAGUCAAGUGUUCAGGUCCUGGUCUGGGGACUGGUGUGCGAGCUCACAUACCCCAGACAUUCACUGUGGACAGCAGCAAGGCCGGCCUUGCGCCACUUGAAGUUCUUCUGCUUGGACCUGCAGGAGUGGCAGAACCAGUGGACAUUAAAGAUAAUGGAGAUGGUACUCAUACAGUUAACUAUACCCCAGCAAUGGAUGGCCCCUACACGAUUUCUGUAAAAUAUGCAGAUCAGGAGGUUCCUCGCAGCCCAUUCAAAAUCAAGGUUUUGCCCACUCAUGAUGCCAGCAAAGUCCGUGCCAGUGGACCAGGCCUUAAUGCUUCAGGUGUACCGGCCAGCUUGCCAGUAGAGUUCACUAUAGAUGCUCGAGAUGCUGGAGAAGGCCUUCUCACUGUCCAGAUUCUUGAUCCUGAAGGGAAACCAAAGAAAGCAAACAUACGGGAUAAUGGAGAUGGAACCUAUACAGUGUCAUAUGUGCCUGAUAUGACUGGCCGUUACACUAUUACCAUUAAAUAUGGUGGUGAUGAGAUCCCAUACUCUCCCUUCCGUAUUCAUGCACUGCCAACAGGAGAUGCCAGCAAGUGUUUGGUGACAGUAUCCAUUGGCGGACAUGGUUUAGGUACUGGGCUAGGACCCACGAUUCAGAUUGGAGAAGAAACAGUUAUCACUGUUGAUGCAAAAGCUGCUGGAAAAGGAAAAGUAACAUGCAAAGUGUCCACCCCUGAUGGAGCUGAGCUAGAUGUGGAUGUGGUUGAAAAUGCAGAUGGGACCUUUGAUAUUUACUACACAGCACCAGAGCCUGGAAAAUAUGUUAUUACUAUCCGUUUUGGAGGGGAGCACAUUCCAAACAGCCCAUUCCACGUAGUGGCGUGUGACACCAUUCCCAUUAUUGAAGAGCCAUGUGACAUGCUGCAGUUACAUCAGCCAUACCAACCGUACCACAGUGGCUUUCCUUCACACUGGGCCACAGAGGAACCUGUUGCCCCAGUUGAUGGCAUAGAGCCCAUACUCAGACCUUUCAAUUUGGUCAUCCCCUUUACUGUCCAAAAAGGAGAGAUAACAGGAGAAGUACGCAUGCCAUCAGGUAAAACUGCCAGGCCUAAUAUCACUGAUAAUAAAGAUGGAACAGUCACUGUAAAAUAUGCGCCAACAGAGAAAGGACUACAUGAGAUGGAUAUUAAAUAUGAUGGAAAUCAUAUUCCAGGAAGUCCAUUGCAGUUCUUUGUCGAUGCUAUUAACAGCGGCCACGUAACAGCCUAUGGACCUGGCUUAAGCCAUGGAAUGGUGAACAAACCAGCCACUUUCACCAUUGUAACCAAGGAUGCUGGCGAAGGCGGUCUGUCCCUUGCUGUGGAAGGACCAUCAAAGGCAGAAAUCACUUGUAAGGACAAUAAGGAUGGCACCUGCACUGUUUCCUACCUGCCGACUGCACUUGGAGAUUACAACAUCAUUGUCAAGUUUGAUGACAAACACAUCCCUGGAAGUCCGUUCACUGCUAAGAUUACAGGUGAUGAUUCGAUGAGGACAUCCCAGCUCAAUGUAGGCACAUCAACAGAUGUCUCUCUGAAGAUUACAGAAACAGAUCUUAGUUCAUUAACAGCAAGUAUCCGUGCACCAUCUGGUAAUGAGGAACCUUGCCUUCUGAAAAGACUGCCAAACAGACAUAUUGGAAUUUCAUUCACCCCUAAGGAAGUUGGAGAGCAUGUGGUCAGUGUUAAGAAGAAUGGCAAACAUGUUACUAACAGUCCCUUUAAAAUCAUGGUUGGACAAUCAGAAAUCGGUGAUGCCAGCAAGGUGAAGGUUUCAGGGAAGGGCCUGCUGGAAGGUCACACUUUUGAGGUGUCGGAAUUUAUUGUGGACACUCGAAAUGCCGGCUAUGGAGGCCUUGGUUUGUCAAUUGAAGGUCCCAGCAAAGUUGAUAUAAAUUGUGAAGAUGUGGAAGAUGGAACAUGCAAAGUUACUUACUGCCCCACUGAGCCAGGCAAUUACAUCAUCAACAUUAAAUUUGCUGACCAACAUGUACCAGGAAGCCCAUUUACAGUGAAGGUGAUUGGUGAAGGACGUAUGAAAGAGAGCAUCACCAGAAAGAGACAAGCACCAUCCAUUGCCACUGUUGGCAGCACUUGUGACUUAAAUCUUAAAAUUCCAGGAAACUGGUUCCAGAUGGUGUCAGCCCAGGAACGCCUGACACGUACUUUUACACGCAGCAGUCACACCUAUACACGCACUGAGCGCACUGAGAUCAGCAAAACGAGGGGAGGGGAGACCAAGAGGGAGGUGAGGGUGGAGGAAUCCACGCAAGUUGGCGGAGACCCAUUCCAUGAUGUCUUCGGAGAGUUUCUCGGCCGAGAGAGCCUUGGGACGUUCAGUGGCAUUACAAGACAAGAGGGAGAAGCUGGCACCCAAGAAAUGACUGCACAAGUAACCAGUCCUUCUGGCAAAACCAAUGAUGCUGAAAUUAUUGAGGGAGAAGACAGCACCUACAGCGUGCGCUUUGUGCCUCAGGAGAUGGGUCCUCACACAGUGAAUGUCAAGUACCGUGGGCAGCACGUCCCAGGCAGUCCCUUUCAGUUCACAGUGGGGCCACUUGGAGAAGGGGGUGCCCACAAGGUCAGAGCAGGUGGCACUGGGCUGGAGAAAGGAGUGGCAGGAGUUCCAGCUGAGUUUAGCAUCUGGACAAGAGAAGCUGGUGCUGGUGGUCUUUCCAUAGCAAUUGAGGGUCCAAGUAAAGCUGAAAUUUCAUUUGAAGAUAGGAAAGAUGGGUCAUGUGGUGUAUCAUAUGUUGUUCAAGAGCCUGGUGAUUAUGAAGUUUCAAUCAAGUUUAAUGAUGAACACAUCCCAGACAGCCCUUUCAUUGUGCCAGUUGCCACUCUGUCUGACGAUGCAAGACGACUCACAGUAACAAGCUUACAGGAAACUGGGUUAAAGGUCAACCAGCCAGCAUCUUUUGCAGUACAGUUGAAUGGAGCCAGAGGAGUGAUUGAUGCCAAAGUUCACACGCCUUCUGGUGCAGUGGAAGAAUGCUAUGUCUCUGAACUGGACAGUGAUAAGUAUGCAAUCCGGUUCAUUCCACAUGAAAACGGUGUGCACUCCAUAGAUGUGAAGUUCAAUGGCAGUCACAUCCCUGGGAGUCCUUUUAGAAUCCGAGUGGGAGAACCUGGUCAAGUGGGAGAUCCUGGGCUUGUCUCGGCAUAUGGUCCAGGCCUUGAAGGCGGAGCUACAGGUGUGCCUUCAGAGUUCAUUGUGAAUACGUGCAAUGCAGGUUCUGGAGCAUUGUCAGUGACUAUCGAUGGCCCCUCAAAAGUUAAGAUGGACUGUAAUGAAUGUCCAGAGGGGUACAAAGUCUCAUACACACCAAUGGCUCCUGGCAACUAUCUUAUAUCUAUCAAAUACGGUGGCCCUCAACACAUUGUAGGAAGCCCUUUUAAAGCAAAGGUGACAGGUGUUCGCUUGUCCGGUGGUCACAGUUUACAUGAAACAUCAACAGUGCUGGUGGAAACCGUAACAAAAUCAGCCACCAUGGGUGCUUAUGGAGCAAUGCCAAAAUUUACAUCGGAUGCCAGUAAAGUUGUAUCUCGAGGUGCUGGUCUCUCCAAGGCCUUUGUAGGACAGAAAAAUAUUUUUACAGUAGACUGCAGUAAAGCAGGGACUAAUAUGCUAAUGGUAGGAGUUCAUGGUCCUAAGACACCGUGUGAAGAAGUCUAUGUGAAACAUGUGGGAAACAGAAUGUACAACGUAACAUACACAGUCAAAGAAAAAGGGGACUACAUCCUUAUUGUGAAAUGGGGGGAUGAGAAUGUACCAGGAAGCCCCUUCCAUGUCACUGUGCCUUAAUCACACCCUUGUGUUAAGCUCUUAAAUCCUUAUCUUUGCUACCCAAUGGACUUAACCUGCAAAGUGCCUAGAAAUGAAGAAUUUUUUUUAAAUUUUGAACAAUGUGCCAAAAUAUUAUAUCCAGACUUUUUUAGAAGCACUAAGGUGUUUGCCGUGCAUGUUGACACAAUACUGACAUCACAACCAAGGAAAUACGCACUAAAACUGAAACACCCCUUGAUUUACUUUCUGCCUUUUUUGUUAGUUUCUUUUAUAAGGUUAGUCCUUAUACUGAGUUAAAAGUUGCUUUUUGGUUAUAUUUUUAUAUUUUUGUUGAAUAGCUAUGUGAAUUUUUUUAAAGAUAUUUUGGUUCCAGAUUGUAUUGACUGCAGUGUGUUUUCACAGCUUUAAAGAACAAAAAAAGCAAGAUUUAUCUAUGAAAACUUAGCAAUCUAAACACAGACCUGGCUUGUGUUAGAUGGUGGCCAAUAUAAGCUAGAAAAUCAGAGGUUACUAUCCAAGGAAACUAAAUGUUUGCUAGGAUUAAUUUAUUUUGUGAAAAAGUAUAUUUAAUAGUGUCUUCAGUUUGCAGAAGGAAAUGUUCAGUGUUGCAAUGUUACAACCUCAACAGCUGUGCCACCAUUCUUUAGAUAUUUUUUCAGGUACUGUCUGAAAAAAUAAAACAUUGAAAGUGACUUUUGACCCUUCUAAAAAAGUGACUAAAAUUAAACAUGUGAACCAGAUGUAGAAAUGUUUUAAAAUUUUUGAAUGUUGAAAAAAAACAAGCUUGCUUUGAAAGCAGUGUUACAGUGUGCCAUUUUAUAGUGUUUUGUAUGUAUUAAGAGAAAAUGAAAACUACUUGUUUGAUAUUCUGUAUUAACCUACUGUUUGGUAAGAUUCUGCAGAUAUAAAUAAAGUUAACUGCUAACUUGCCAUUGGGAAAAACAA